GAACCACCAUGGUAAGUUUACUUUGUUAGGUUGUUCUCUGCUAGGCAGCGAGGAGAUUCCAAGUUUUGAGUAGGUGUUCACACAAUGGAUGAAGUGCAUGAGAACUGCACCGCAGGGCAUCAUCACAGACCAGUGCAGGUCCAUGUUUGGUGCAAUAAGGAAGGUCCUAUGCAAUACACGCCACCAUUGGUGCAUCUGGCAUAUAACGAAAAAGAUACUGUAUAAGCUCGGUGGUUAUGCUAGGUUCAGCGAGUUGAAUGCAGAGUUGAAGCACAUUAUAUGGAACUCUCGGUUGGUUGAGGCUUUCGAGGAUGGUUGGGCUGAAUUCAUUGACGAGUUCAACCUACAUCACAACACAUGGCUAUCAGACCUAUUUGAGGACCGACGCAUGUGGGUGCCGAUAUUUUUCAAGGGUCAAUUUUGGGCUGCUAUGAGGAGUAUGCAAAGGAGUGAGAGUAUGCACGCAUUGUUUGGUGGAUACUUACAUUGCAAGACUAGCUUGGUUCAGUUCAUCCACGAGUUCGACAAUGUGUUUAGAAACAAGGAGCAAAAGGAACUAGAGGACGAUGCUGCAGACUCGAGAGGAGUAAUCCCAUGUGCAAUUAGCUAA